AUGGGUCACAUGCAAAAGGUUCCAGAUUCAUAUCAAUCAUCUCACAUCACCUACUAUCUACCUCAUCACGGUGUCCUUCGUGAAGAAAGCACAACAAUGAAGCUGAGAGUCGUUUUCAACGGCUUCAGUAAUACUACCUCAGGCAUCUCACUAAAUGACACACUUCACACGAGUCCAAAACUGCAGUCUGACAUCUUUGAUGUCUUACUGUAUGUCAGAAGACACCAAUUCAUCUUUACCACGGACAUCACAAAGAUGUUUCAUCAAAUCAAUGUUCAUCCAGAUGAUUGGGACUAUCAACGGAUCCUCUGGGAAGAUGAUGACAAUCAACCUCAAUCAUAUCAUCUCACCACCGUUAUAUACGGCACGCGUCCAGCACCAUAUCCUGCUGGCCAUGUUCUCAAACAGCUGAUUAUCGAUGAAGGAGAUAAGUAUCCACUAGCUGUCGAACCUUUUGAAAAAGGCAGCUACGUGGAUGAUAUCUGCGGAGGCGCUGAUAACGUCAAUCAUCUCAACAACAUCGCAUCUCAAGUGGAAGCAAUAUGUCUCGCUGGGUGUUUUCCACUAGCCAAGUAG